ACAGACAAUCGCGCGACUCGCCCGCCUUGGCUGCAAAAGCUGCAAUCGUACGGUACACAAGAAAGAAACAGUGCAAAAAGCUCGCUGCAAUUGCCAAAAUCGAAGAAAUAAGCAAAUACGCGAGCACAUAAAAGCGAAAGACAUAAACCAAGGCUGGUGAAAUUAUCGACCAAACAAAUGAAAUUUAAAUCAGCCAACAACAAAAUAUAUUAAUUAUAUUGCUAAACAAGUGGAAACUAAACAAUAAAUAAAUAAUACAUUAAUAAACCAAUAAAAAUGCACGUCUAUUACAAAUUUGGAUUGCUCUUGAUAUUUUUGCUCAGCGUCAGCAUCAGCCACACAUUUGCAGCUCCAGCGGCUGGGCAACAGAGCAACAGUUCGUUUGAGGACUAUGAGUACGAGGAUGAUGACUAUAGCGAAGAGACGGCGUCCAAGGGAUCACCGGAGACAGCUGAGAACAGACUGAUGCCAUUCACAUCUUCAACAUCAACCACAACCACAUUUCGACCGACAUUUAACAUACCACGACGCAGCAAUCUGGUGCUGGAGCCCAGCUGUCCACGACAAUGCCGAUGCGUGGAGGACAAGUAUAUCCAGUGCUCCAAUGCUCAUCUCACCCAUGUGCCCCUGGACAUUCCUAGAACGGCAGCCAUCAUAGACUUGAGCUAUAAUGUGAUUGCCGAACUGAGGCCAGAGGACUUUGCCAAUCUAUCCCGCCUGGUGGAGAUCAAUUUGAACCACAAUCUGCUCACUCAUCUGGAUAAAGAGGCUUUCUAUGGCUUGGAACGUUUGAGGCGGCUGCGUUUGGCCAACAAUCGUCUCACCAAACUCGAACCCGAUACCUUUGUGGGGGCCACAGACUUGGAGCUGCUCGAUCUGAGCAAUAAUUCAAUUACGCAGCGUUUGGAUGGAUCAUUUCUCAAUCAGCCCAACUUGAUUGACUUCAGUUGCUCGAAUUGCAGCUGGACAGAGCUGCCGGAGCAGACGUUCGUGAAUAUGAGUGCACUGCAAACGCUGCGCUUAAACAACAACGAUUUCGAACAGAAAAUCAAUACGCGAGCUUUUGCACCGCUAAAAAAUAUAAUUAAACUAAAACUGCCAGAACUGGACCAGGCCAACAUCGAGGAAUUGUGCAACCUGCUCAAAUCCAUUGACAACAUCAGCUUUAGGCACUUUGAUGUGAGCUGCUUCGAGCUGGUGCUGGGCACAUCGUUCAACGAGAGUCUGAUCCAGGCCACAGAUCCGCCCUUCAAGCGGGUGACGGGCCUGCCCACCGCUGCCACCACAAUACGGCCAGCCGCAACUCCAGCCCCGACACGCACAGCAACUCGCAAUCGGAAUAAAAUGGCAAACAGCACAGCGGCGGCCAUUGAAGUGGCAAAGGCUGGGAUCAUGGGCACCGUGACCGAGAGCAGUGGCGUCUCUGUGGAGACGACCACAGACAAGGAGAAGCCCUACCAAGUGCCCAUCUCACAGGAGACUAUCAACACGCUGCUCAUCUGCAUCAUGGUACUGGCGGUCAUUGGCAUUGUCAUUGGCCUCAUUUGCCGCAAGGAUGUGGGCGGCAUCAAGACCAAAUGCUGCCGCACCAGCAAACCAGAGCCAAAGGAUCAGGUGCAUCCCACUGAGGAAAUACCCUUAAAUAAGUUAGCCUAAGUAGAAA